GGAAGUCGUCGCUGUGUCUGAGAUCUUCUACUAUUUAAAUGCUCGAGAUUCUUCUUACAUUGGCGCAGCGGACAUAUCACACUUCACCUAAGCAAAGAUUGUGUAUCUGAGCUGCCUGAUAUCAACCUUUUCCUGUCACUCUGGAUAACACACUUAACGCACAUACACACUUCACCAUGGAAAUCUCACGCUGUGGUCUGGGUAUACAAGAACCGAGUUUCCACUCCCCUACUGAUCUUCAGGGGAUCCAGGAGGCCUUUUAUGCCCAGGGAAUCGUCUUCCUUGAAGGGUUUGACGAAGAUUCCCUAAGACUGCUAGCAACGCAACUGGGGGAUAUUGUCCAACCCCGAAAUGAGAAGACCAGCGGGGCUGGCAUCAGCAACAUUCGAUAUGAACCUUCGCUGUCCGGGAAAGGUUAUAGUUCUGAGGAGUUAUACUUCCACACCGAUCGCAGUGGGUGGGAGUGUCCCCCACGCAUUCUGAUGUCCACUCUCAAGAGUAGGUCAACAACUGGUGGAGAGUCCCUCCUAGUAGAUGGCUUGGAAGUCCUCAACACCAUCAAGAAACAAAAUGGCGCACUUUACAACCUGAUAACAAGCCCAGAGCACUCUAGUUUUCGUUCGGAGGACGGAGUGUUCGUGCCACGGCCUAUAUUUGAGGAAAGCUCAGGCAUGUUUCGCUUUCGGUUCGAUGAUAAUAUCCAACUAUCAGCUUCCUUGGUUCUUCGCUUCCCUCAAUUUCUUGAGGUCAUUUACCGUAAUGCCUAUGCCAUUUCUUUGGAGCCAGGACAGGGAUACCUGCUAGACAAUCACAGAUUCCUGCACGGUCGAACUGCAUUCCAUGGCUCUCGGGAACUACUGAGAGUCCUCGUCAACCCCCCACUUCCGCAAUCAGUUGUCACCAUCCUGUUUGACAUUGACGGGACACUCUGUCGUUCUGAUGCAAUGAGCAUUGAUGCCUAUUAUUCCUGCAUCAGUGACGUUGUUGGAAAACCAAUCACUCAUGAGAACACCAGUGUGAAUCUACACGGAAGAACAGACUUGGGACUUCUUCAGGACAUUCUUGAUUACCACGGAGUGAGAUCAAAGGAUCUGGUUACGAAGCAAUUUCUUCAGCUUCACCCGCAAUACCUUCAGAAAUCCUGGGAAAAGGGCCUUGCAUCAGUCCCGUGUGCUGGAGUCAAGGAGACCUUGGAGUGGCUGAUGGCUAAGAAACCAAACCCUGAUUAUCCAACCCCACGAGUUGGCCUCUUGACAGGCAAUUCGCGUCCCAAUGCACUGCUCAAACUCCGGGCAGCAGGUAUAGAUCCAUCCAUUUUUGACCUUGGCAUUUCCUCCUUUGGGGAUACUCACAUCGAUCGCAUAUCCCUCAUCCACGAUUCGAUGGCCAAAUUACGUGCCCGGGACGGCUCUGACCUCCAUGCAAGCAAGGUUAUCAUCGUUGGAGAUACUCCAUUGGAUAUCGAGUGCGCUAAGCAAGCUGGCUGCGCUGUCGUUGCCGUGGCCAGUGGGAACUACAACAUGGAUGAUCUUUCCAUUCUGGACCCAGACCAUGCUUGCAUCCAAAUCAGUGAAUCCAAAGCCUUCCUUGACUCCCAUCUAGGCGUUUCAGCACCCAUGGUCGGUGGUUGAAUGGGGAUUUUAACAUUCAUUGGGGACGAGUGUCGAGCCAUUCAGGCUGCACAAAGGCACGAGAAGAAGAAGAAGAAGUAAGGGAAAAAACCUGAAAAAAAAAACCUGAAAAAGAAAAAAAGACAAAAAAAAAUUCUUCCAACAGCACACAUGAGUAUUAUUAUUAUUCUUCUUAUUAUUAUUAUUAGAGGGUUCUUCACUAGGAGUGAUGUCUCUCUCUCUCUCUCUUUUUUUUUUUUUUUUUUUUUU